UCAACUCUGGUUCUUGGGGACUCUGGUCCCUGGGGCCAGAGUGACUGAGCCAGGAUUACAGUCUGAAGUAUUAGAGGAAGGGUAGGGGUAGGCCCCCCAUUGUGAGGUCCAGGUAGAAUGCUCAACUCAGACUGAUCCCAGCCCUGGCUGACCUUCUUCCCCUUCCUCUUUCCCACAUUCUACCAGGAGUCUGCCCUCUGGCCUGUACCUGGACUUUGCUAUCCUCUCCCUGCCCUAAAAAGAGGUUUGAGGUAGAACAGCCACAGAGCCAGUGGAGGCCACUAGGACACGGCCUCACUCAGUACUCGAGGUCAGGACCGUAGAGUUAUCUGCAGAUAGCUCUAAGAGAAGGGUAGCAUGAUGAGGACUGAGUCCUGAGUUCUUAGAGCCAAGUGAGGGAUACAGUCUUGGUUUCUUGAAGGACUAAAGUCAGGAAAAUUCAAGGAGCUGAGGAAUAGCGAUCCAAGUACAGAGAAGGCACCGAUGGGAGAUUUUGAAUAGAGAACGCUGAGUCACCAGAAACGGAAACUCCAAGUUGUAGAGAGCUCCUGGACCAGCAGUAAGAUAGAGACUCUGAGCACCUGGGUCAGAAGCAAUCAUGGGCGAGUGUCCAGGCCUUCAAGACACAGCAUCCCAGGAGAAGGCUGAGAGGUCAAACCCAGGCAUGUUCAAGAUCACAAGGAAGGGGCAUUCUGGCCAGGAAGGUGGAGUGGUGGGUUUUCGUUCAACAAAUAUUUACUGGUUACCUACAAACCUUGUGCCAAGCCCUCUGCUGGACACUGGGGUUUCCAGGAACGUGUUACAAUCCCUGACCUUACUGUAAAGCCAGUGGACAGCGUUAAGGAACUAGCACGGAACUGGAACCGGGGGAAGUGCUAUGACACAGGACACAUCUGCUGGGGAAACCCAGCGGGCAGCAAUUAACUUGCGGUGGGGGAGAGGAAGUUUCACAGAAGAGGCACCGUGAGGGUGAAGUUGGCCAGAGAGAAAAGGUCAGGACAUUCCAGGCCAGGGCAAGGCCUGUGCAUAGGCCUGGUGGCAUGGAGAGCUGAGUGUGUUAGAGCAGAGAGGGCAAGGAGGAGGGCACAGCCUCUGACCUCACAAUACCCAGGGCCCGCUGGGCCAGCCUUGCAGACUCUGCACCCUCCUUCAGCCCGGGCAAGGCCCGGGGCCCUGGGCAGCCUCCAGGUGCAGUGCCCUCCCGUAGGCCGCACCCUUCCCACUGCCCCAGGGCAUGUCUCUACUCACCAAUUAUGAGGGGCUUCGGCAUCAGAUAGAGAGGCUGGUGCGGGAAAAUGAGGAACUGAAGAAGCUGGUGCGGCUCAUUCGGGAGAAUCAUGAGCUCAAGUCAGCGAUCAAGACUCAGGCAGGCGGGCUCGGCAUCAGCGGGUUCACGACUGGGCUUGGUGAGGCAACAGCAGGCCUUCCCUCACGCCAGAGCAAUGGUGUCUUCCUGCCCCCGUCCCCAGCAGUGGCAAAUGAACCAGUCCUGGAAGAAGUGGGGAUCAUGGCCUUGACACCCCUGGCCGAGAUGCUAACCAGCUUGCAGCCCAGCACCAUGCCAGGCUCACUCAUGAGCCCCCUGACAGGCACCCUCAGCACGCUGCUGUCCGGCCCAGCACCCCUGUCACAGAGCAGCCCCCUCACCGGCUUCCUGACCAGCCCUGUGGCGGGGCCCCCAACGGGCACACUGGCCAGUUCCCUGGGCCUGCCCUCCACUGGCCCCCUGACUCCCAGCAGCCCCCUGGCAGGCCCUGUGGCCGUGUCCCAGAGCAGCCCCCUGAUAGCCCCCGUGACGGGCACGGUGGCCGUCUCUCUGAGCAGCCCCCUCCUCAGCUCCACUGCCACCCCACUAGGGGUCUCUCAGAACCUGCUGGCCAACCCCAUGGGCAACCAGGUCCUGCCAGAGGCCCCAAGGCUGCGGCUGGCUGAGCCCCUCCGCAGAGGCCCCUCUGGGCCCCACUCCCCAGCUUGCAUGGUACCUGCUGCCACCACCAAAGUCCCACUCUCCACUGAGCCCCCCCGGUCGACCCAGGACCCAGAGCCUCUCAGCACGGCGUUUGCAGGCAUACCCCUCCAGACCUCCACCCCCGUCGGAGCCAUGGGCACACCUGCUCCCGAGACGGCCUUCUCCUUCAACACUUCAGACACACAGACUCAGCCCAGUGCCACCCAGGAACAAGUGGUCCCUGCAUCUGUCCCCAGCUCCCCCACAGUCACUGUCCUUGCCUCUGCCCCCGCCCUCACCCCCCAGGUUGCCACCAGCUACACCCCCUCAAGCACCACCCACAUCGCCCAGGGUGCCCCCCAUCCCCCUUCCCGAAUGCACAAUUCCCCAACCCGGAACCUGCCUGCCCCCCACUCUCCUCCACACAACCCCCACUCCCCACCUCGUACAUCAUCCUCCCCGGCUUCAGUCAAUGACUCUCGGGGUCCACGCGCCACGGAACCAUCGAGGAAGAGCAUGAUGGAGGUGGAACGGAAGCUGGCCCACCGCAAGACGAGCAAGUUCCCCGAGAGCGCCCGAGAGUCGAAGCAGCUGGCCUGGGAGAGGCUGGUGGGUGAGAUCGCCUUCCAGCUGGACCGAAGGAUCCUGUCCAGCAUCUUCCCAGAGCGCGUGCGGCUCUACGGCUUCACUGUCUCCAACAUCCCGGAGAAGAUCAUCCAGGCCUCCCUGAACCCCAGUGACCACAAGCUGGACGAGGAGCUGUGCCAGAUGCUCACACAGCGUUACGUGAGCAUCAUGAACAGGCUGCAGAGUCUGGGCUACAACGGGCGGGUGCACCCUGCGCUGACCGAACAGCUGGUGAACGCCUAUGGCAUCCUGCGAGAGCGCCCGGAGCUGGCGGCGUCCGAGGGCGGCACCUACACUGUGGACUUCCUGCAGCGCGUGCUAGUGGAGACCGUGCACCCUAGCAUGCUCACCGACGCGCUGCUGCUGCUCUCCUGCCUCAACCAGCUGGCGCACGAUGAUGGCAAGCCCAUGUUCAUCUGGUGACGCUGGAGCUGGGAGGUCCAGGCUCACUCAACCCCACAGUCUUCUGCACAGCCAUUAAAGCUUCCCACAGACGCUGGUCGCUGGGCCUGUGCCAGCACUCCUGGGUGGUGCUGCCUCCUCUGAGGUGGCUCACCAGGCCCCUGCACCGUGCCCCUUCA